AUGACUAGAUCCAAACAAUCCAAGGACAAGUUCCUGAUGAAGACACGAUCCGCAGUAACAGACACAAAUGAAUCUGGAUCGGCAUCCGAGGAUAACAGUGGAGAAGGAGGGAUUAUGGAGAGAAUGACUAUGGAAUCUACAACUGACACUGAUCCAACUCAUCACGAUGAUGAAAACGCCGCCCCCAUGAACAAUGAUGAAUUCGAACGGGUGGCAAUCAAAUGUUUCCGAUUAUUUGUCUUUGCUUUGAUGCUAGCAGCUACCAUCGCAGCAGGGUUCACCAGUUGGUUCUUUUUGGAUCGAGAGGAGUCAAAUAAUUUCAAUCAGGAGGACAUUAAACAAGUUUCGCAAGACCGAACGUCGGACUUGGUGGCCGAAUUCCGUUCCUUGUCCUCUACCAUCACCGCUUUGUCGAUCAAUUCUAAAACGAAUUGGCCUUUCUUCACAGACUUGAACUAUCCCACGAUUGUGGCCAACUUCAUGGAAACAGCUGGUGUCACCAUGGUUGCUAUAGCACCCUUUGUCAAGAACGAAGUUGACCUGCAAAAAUGGGCUGACUACUCCCAGGCCAAUCAAGAAUGGAUCCCUCAGAGUCUCCUCUUGGAGCAACAGCCGGAUCCUUCCAAUUACACACAAAUCUUCCCUGGUGUCUUUCGGAAUUCGGCGGGGGGGCGGAUUCCCGAAAAGGGAGACGGUCCGUUUGCCCCGGUGUGGCAAAUGUUUCAAGCUCCUCGAGAUGGCAGGCUUGUCAAUUUUAAUAUGCUAUCGGAUCCUCACUACAAGGAAAUUUUCGAGUCUUUAAUGGAGGAGAAAACAGGUGCUCUUUCCGAUCGCCUGGGUCCCAAUAACGCAGGUCUGAUGGAAAAUUUUCCUGCAUCAACCCAGUAUUUUGUCAACAGGAAUCCGAUCAGCAUGUUCAUCGCUCCGGUAUUCAAGGAUGCCACCAAUCAAGAGAUAGUUGCCACUGUAAGCGCGGCUUUUAAUUGGAUGAACUUGUUUGCCUUGCCCAGUGGCGAGCUCACACCACCAGUAGAUGUCGUACUUAACGACGGGUGUGCCAAUGAGUUCACCUUCCGGGUAACUGGCUCUGUAAGUGAGUUUGUUGGAUUCGGCAGUCUACAUGAUCCCACCUAUGAGGAGCACGAACGGUCCUUCGCAUUUUCACCGUCCCUUCGCACAUAUCAUGUGGGAGGAACUGGGUGCUCCUAUCAGGUCCGCGUCUUUCCUACCAAGAGCUUCUGGGACACCUACCAUACUACUUAUCCAGCAUCCAUGGCUGGUGUCAUCACAGCCGUCUUCAUCUUGGUCGGGAUCAUUUUGUAUAUGUACGACGCCGCAGUGCACAUGAGACAGAGCAAGAUUCUUGCAGUUGCGUCGCGAUCCGAAAAGAUCUUGUCCGUGCUGUACCCAAAGACCAUUCGAGACAGACUCUUUGGCAUUGAAGAAGAGACUGUGACGGAGGAACAAAAGUCUUCUCAAGGUGCUAGUGCGAUUCGGCGAUUCAAUGAAGAUCUUUUGAAAAAGGCAAACAAAUAUCAGCUUAAGAGUUUCAUGAAGAGCACACCUUCUGCUCAUCCUCAUGAAACCGAUUUCUUGGAUACGAAGCCCAUUGCUGAUCUCUUCCUUCAUGCCACAGUAUUAUUUGCCGACAUUUCUGGUUUCACGGCAUGGAGCUCGGUCCGUGAGCCUACGCAAGUCUUCACCCUUCUCGAGUCUGUCUAUAGAACCUUUGAUAUCACUGCAAAACGUCGAAAUGUGUUCAAGGUGGAGACAGUAGGUGAUUGUUACGUAGCAGUUACCGGUUUGCCUGAGCCGACUAAGGCACAUGCUACAAUCAUGGCUUCUUUCGCAAGGGCCUGUGUGGAAAAGUUUGAAGAUUUGGUUGGAUCGUUGGAGACAACACUUGGCCCUGAUACUGGAGACUUGGGAAUCCGCGUGGGAAUGCACAGUGGACCAGUCACGGCCGGGGUAUUGAGAGGAGAGAAGGCGCGUUUCCAGCUCUUUGGCGAUACUGUCAAUACAGCAUCUCGAAUUGAGUCCUCUGGUGAACGCAAUCGCAUUCAUUUGUCGCAAGAGACUGCUGACCUAUUGGCAGCUGCUGGAAAAUCACAUUGGCUGAGUAGCCGCGAACAGCUUGUGACUGCAAAAGGAAAGGGGAAACUGCAGACGUACUGGCUUCUGACCAAGCAAGAAGAAGCUAGUAUCAACAUUACAUCGCAAACUGUCGAUUCGGCUUUCACAGAUGAUGAGGCGUCUGACGAUGGUAGUGGUAUUUUCCUGAACAGUCCUUCCGUCAGCUCAGAAUUCUCUCUAGAUCUAGGAACCAGCACCUUGGAGGACAUCGAAAAGUCGCUACCUUCUAGAACACGACGCUUGUGUCAGUGGAAUGUGGAUGUGUUGACAAGGCUUCUGAAACAGAUCGUGGCUCACAGACUUGCGUCUGAUUUGGGCAACAAGGAUUGGGAAUCCGAUCUUUCGCGACGUGAAAAGGAAAUCCGUCGACACAUCUCUGUUCUUGAUGAAGUAGUUGAAAUCAUUCCUCUUCCUGGGUUCGAUCAAAGUGUCUACAAAGGACAGCAAGCUCACGAAAGGAUUGAGCUUUCUGAGGCUGUAAUCGAACAGAUUCGGUUGUAUGUUGCGUGUAUCGCUGCGAUGUACAAAGACAAUCCAUUCCACAACUUUGAGCAUGCUUCACAUGUCAUGAUGUCCGUUUCCAAGCUCCUUUCCCGUAUCAUUGCUGCUGACGAUGUUUUGAAUGCAGAUCAAAACGCUGCCUCGUCAGAUGACUUAUUGGGAUGGUCGAUUCACGAUCACACAUAUGGCAUUACAUCCGAUCCAAUGACACAGUUCACUGUCAUUCUUGCUGCCAUGGUACACGACGUUGAUCACUCUGGGGUUUCCAAUAAUCAGCUCAUCAACGAAGGAAGCAAGCUUGCAGACCUUUUCAAUAAUAAGAGUGUGGCAGAACAAAACUCGACGGUCUUGGCCUGGGAUAUUCUUAUGCAUCCCCGCUUCCAAGACUUUCGACGCACCAUCUACGCAGCCCCGUAUGAGCUGGAUCGGUUCCGCCAGCUAAUGACGAAUACCGUACUGGCCACUGAUAUCAUGGACAAGGAGCUUCAAGCAUUGCGUCGAAACCGAUGGGAUGCAGCCUUCAAUACUAAUGCAGCCCUUGCAGCCCGUUCAGAGGAGGCAACCAAAGACAUGGUCAAUCGCAAGGCUACAAUCGUGAUUGAGCACUUGAUUCAGGCUUCGGAUGUUGCCCACACCAUGCAACAUUGGCACAUUUACUGCAAAUGGAACGAGCGCUUGUUUCAGGAAAUGGCAGUAGCCUACAAAGCUGGUCGUCUUCCUUUCAAUCCAGCAGAGAAGUGGUAUGAGGGGGAAAUCGGGUUCUUGGACAACUAUGUGAUUCCAUUGGCAAAGAAGUUGAAGAAUUGUGGUGUGUUUGGGGUUGCAAGUGACGAGUAUUUGAACUAUGCAAUGGAGAAUCGUUGCGAGUGGGAAGAAAAGGGACGAGACUUUGUUGCGACCUUGACUGCAAGAUACAUGGAUGAUCCCAAUGCUAGCACCGGAAUGAUGAUGGUCCAGCAGCAGGAAAACAAACGUAGCUCCAGGAGAUUGACUAUCAACAUGGACAGCCGAAAUUAUGAAGAAGCUAUUGCUCAGGUCGGAAAGCAAUAG